AUGGAGGAGAGCAUUCAGCACUUCACUGACAUUACCGGGGCGAGCGUCGAUGUGGCUCGAGGUUUCCUAGAGAUCACGGGAGGAGACUACCAGCGGGCCAUCGAGCUCUUCUUCGAGAGCCCAGAUUUGGUCGGAGCUGGCGUAUCCAGCAACCCUCCCACUACCUCGACAUCUCGCCCCCCUGUACCACGGAGAACCAACAUUGGCAGAGAAGAUGCCAGCGGGGUGAUCCACAUCCCUAGCGACGACGAGGACGAGGACGAUGUCGAUAUGCAAUUCAACGACGAUGAUGCCUUUGACGCCGAUGAAGACGAGCGAGUUGCCGCUGCGCAGGCUGCCGCCUAUGCACAGGAAGAGGAAGAUGCUGCCAUGGCAAAGCGUCUACAGGAAGAAUUAUACCAGGAAUCGGGGCCAGCUGGCGGAGAUGUCAGGGCUCCUAUCGCUCGGACGACAGAGACGCUUGUGGCGCCAGAUCCAUCCUGGGGAGCAGAGGAGAGCUCAGCUAUUUUGGAACAACUGAGAAGGAGGCGACAGGCGCCCCUUGUCGCCAGCAGAGGCCCAUUCGGUCAUCGGAUAUGGGGAGAUGAUACGAGACGUGCCGCGCCUGCGGGCGAUGACGAUACUACAUCCGCCCAUGCCAGGCGCCUGGAAGAUUUGUUCCGACCACCGUACGAACUGAUGGCUCGACUAUCAUGGGAUGAGGCCCGUACGCUGGGCAAGGAAGAUAAGAAGUGGAUCAUGGUCAACCUACAAGACAUGAGUGACUUUGGCUGCCAGAUGCUCAACCGAGACAUCUGGAAGGACAGGGCUGUGAAGGAGCUGGUCAACGAAAACUUCAUUUUCCUGCAGUUUGAUAAAGAAUACCCCGAUGCGGAGGAGUAUAUAACAUUCUACUUCCCAAACCGGUCACACGAGAAUCCAGACAACUACCCCCACGUCUCCAUCGUUGAUCCUCGAACUGGAGAACAGGUCAAAGUUUGGAGCGGGAAGCCCUUCCCCAACGCCAACGAGUUCCACGCCGAGGUGGCCGAAUUUUUGGACAGAUAUAGCCUUGCAGCCAAUAGCAAGAAUCCAGUUGCUAGAGCCCAGGCUCGGAAACCUCAAGUUGUCGACGUCGAUCGAAUGACGGAAGACGAGAUGCUGGAGAUGGCGCUCAAGAACAGCUUGGCUGGAGCUCAGAGUGGCGCUUCAGGAUCGGGCUCGGGAUCCACGCCGAGCGUUCUUGACCCUGAUGCAUUGACCAAGGAGGAGGCUACAAAAUCCGAAGAACAAGAGCCGCAGAGCCCAUUUGCCCAUAUUUCUAGCGUAAACCCUCAUGUUGAACCGGACAACAACCCCUCUACAACGACGCGUAUCCAGUUUCGACACCCUGACGGCCGCAUCAUUCGGCGGUUCAACUUGCAGGACCCUGUUCGCAGGAUAUAUGAAUGGCUCAAAGCCGAGCCGCUGCCAGGCAAGGAAGGCAUUGUUUUUGAGCUGAAGCAGAUGCCCCAGGGACAAGAUCUUAUCGAGUCGCUGGAUUCCACCAUUGAAGAGGCAGGCCUGAAGCAAGGGACAGUCAUGAUUGAGUUGAUUACGGACGAAUAACGGCGCUGAUGGCUUUUUUACUAUUAAAUGACGAAUGACGAUAUAUAAGAUGCGGAAACGGAUCAGACCUCUUGAUGACGCUUAUUCAGCGUAGCCAGGAUGACGAUGACUGCAUCUGUUUGAUAGACAAAAUGGGAUAUAAAUACCCGUCACGGGCGAACCGGUUCUACGAUGAUUUACUUGGCAUUAUUGCCGCUGUUAUAAGGGAGGAAACCGCUGAUUACGAAGUACGAGGGACUUUGUAGAAUAGAGGAGCUGUUGUGCGCUUGGUUCUCCUGACCGAACGCGGAAUUGCUCUUCGGGGGCUUUCUUUUCGGCUUAUUUUUUUCCUUCUUUCUCCCCUUUACCCCUUGGAAACACAACCUCUACCGCGUUGCGAUGUUGUAGGUAGACAAUGCAAGUGUUUUUUCACACGGGAAAUUGGCGAAACAACGAGUCUCAGCCAUUGUUAUUGACUUGCUAUUCGCCC